CUGCCGAAAAAAAUGUAAACAAAGUUUAUGGAAAGUCAUCUAUAGCAGUACCAUGCUAUUAAAAUGUUGCAUAAAAACACUCUGGGUAUUUUUUAAACUUUUAAACAAUUUUUUGAUAGGCAGAAUUAAUUUUUGGAACAGUUCUUUAAAAAUAUUACGGAGCAGUAAAUAGGGAGAUUUUACAGUGGCUGUUUUUUGUAUAUUGUCUUUGACUAUGAAAUAACGUUGAUACUGUGUUGGUUCAAUUUUUUGUGCUUAUUGUGAAAUUUUGACAUUUAAGUCUGUUAAAGAGGAAGUGGUAUUGAUAAUUUUAGAUUCUGAAACUAUUUCUGGUGUAUUUUUCUACUAUUUUUAUCUUAGCAAGUUUAUUAUUUAAAUAUGGGAUAUUUCAUGACGAGGGCCUUCAUUUACCUAAAAUUUUAUUCUGCUCUUUUAAUCUUUAUAAAAUUUGUUUUCUGAUGGUUUAGUUUGUGUGUGUUUUUUUUACUUUUUGAUUUUCUGUUAUAUUUGCAGUGAAUUUUUUUGAAUUUCAAAUUAACGGUAUUACACUUGUGCUUCUUUGUCAAUAAUAUCUUUUAACAAACAGCGUUUCUAUUUCAGUUUAUUUCAAAAAAUUGCCAAUGUGAAAUGACAUUUGCUUGCCUCACAGCUGCAAACCUAUUUCACAAGCUCAUUUAAAAACCACGUCGACAAAAACUUGCUGCUGUGAUUUUUACCACAUUUCCUCGGUGAUUUUCAACAUGAAUUAGAAAGGCUGACACAUUUAUAUCAACAACUGCUAGACUAAAAAGUUACGGAGGUUUGCUUAACAAAGAAGUAAUGAGUUUUACUAUUGCUGGUAUUCCUGCUAAACGCAUCGCUGCUAGUGCUGUUACUGCAGCUCUUGCUGGACUUGGCUGUGGAAAAUGUUGGCGUAAUUUGGAAAAACACCCAGGAACAGGAAAAAAGAUAAUAAAAUAUUCAACUAUAGGCGGUUUUGUUGGUGGAGUUGUGGGACUUAGUGUUGGUACAUGGUAUGGCCGCAGAAUUGUUUUACUGGCAAUGUCGCAGACAAUGUAUGGCUAUUUGAUGACAGCAACUUUUCUAAAUAUUCGCUCAGCACUGUCAAACGAGAAAAUUAAACUGUUGUCAAACAAGAAGGAGAUUGGUGGAGUUCUUGUUAGUUCUAUCAGUGGAGGUCUGACAGGAAUGAUACCUACCAUUCUUAUGAAGGCCAGAUUGGCGCGUAUCGUGACCAGUUUUUCAAGCGGAAUUUUUGUUGGUUUUCUGGGUCAGUUUCUUUACGACAGAGCGUGCGUGAUGAGAUUGGAAUUUUUGUUACGUCAAACCUAUCCAAACUUGAUCGAGCAACAUCAAGAAGCGGAAGAAUACAUGGACGACCAACAGAUCAGCAAUGUCAAUUACACUGGUCCAAUCCGAGGUAACCCCGCUUGGUUAGAUUAUGCAAUUUCGAUUUGGGGCGAUCUUGGUCGAAAAUAACGAGCCUUCGAAACAUUCAAACCUUAAAACCGAGAAUAGGUGGCUGAUACGAAAAAAUCUUGUAAGCGCGAAACACGAAAAUGGGAAAGGCUUGUUGUGCACAAUAACGAAGAAGAGAUUUUAAAAUAAUAGAGACUUUCUGAAUUAUAUUUUUUAUGUAACGUGAUAUUUUCUUAAACUUACAAGAAUAAGAGCAAAAUAUGUAACACAUGUAAAAUGUUGCACUUACAAUUAUCUAUCAACCUUAUACAUACCUUUUUAAACUUGCAAAUGGGUUUCAAAGUUAAUUAAAUUUUAUAUUUUUUUAGCAAAGUGUCGGUUUGUUAUGAGGCAAUAUGUAUAAUUUAUUACUAUCUCGCUUGUGAGGAUAGUAUUGGUUUUUAACUCCUAACUGACUAUGUCCCAAAUGGUCAAUUGCAACGUCAUCAACGAGCUUUCCUGCGCAAAGUUUUAUUUUAAAAAAACAUCUCCUGGGCAGAUUCGAACCAGCACCGCAGCAGAACACUGCAGCUAAGUGCAACGUCCUAACUAACUGAGCUAUCGUGACAGAACUAAUUGUGAAUGUUAAAUAUUUAAUUAAAGUUGCUCACCUUUAUGUUAAUCAAUAAAAAACAUUAUUUAUUUCUA